UCCCGAGUGUAGAUUCACUUGAGGAGAUAAAAAAAAUUGAAAGAUCUGAAUCAUGCAGUACAUGGCUCCUGCAGCACAUUUUUCGCGUGUUUUCUGUGCCGGACGCUGGAAGGGUGUAGUCUAAACUUUACCCAGACCUGCCUGUGUCGUUUCCUCUUUUCUGAAGAGAACUGUAGGUAGUUAGUUUGGAAUUCCCCCUUCAGCGGUACUUUUCUUUUGAAUCACCCAACACACCGAAAAUAAGACCCAUUCUCAUCUCUGCUUGAAGAUCUGGGGAUCAAGAUACAAGAUAGACGGGGUAGAUGGAGUGAAGUGAAAGUGUUUAUUAACAGUAGCAUGCAGAUUUUUCUUGAAAGUAAAAUGUAUGGAUGUGAAGUGACAAAGCUGAAGUGAUAACCCAGGCCAUCGCAAUUUGUCAAAUGUCCUGUUGAGAGAACCAAUGGCAUUCCAAAUACCUGUACCAUUUUCCAUUACUGUUCCGGUUCCUGUUGAAUUGGAGCCAAGGAAAACAAAUCCAUUAAUACAAUGCAUUGUUGACAACAAAUCAAACAAACUGAAGAAACUAGUUAAAGGAAUCAAUAUUAAUGAACUGUAUUCUUCUGCAAUCUGGAAUGAUGAUGUUACCCUGCUGACAGCAGCAGCUGUAUGUGGGAAUGAAAAGAUUUGUAACUUUCUACUUGGAGAAAAUGCGGAUCCCAACAUACUGUCCACAAACGGCCUAACAUCUCUCCACUACGCUGCAAAUACAGCAGGAGUUCGACUGAAUAUUGUGAGAAGAUUAAUAGCUGCAAAAGCUAAUCCAAAUGGUCAUCAACAGCAAAUAAUGACACCAUUACAGCUUGCUGCCAGGAACAACAGAGUGGACAUAUUCAAAGCACUUAUAGAAGCUGGUGCUGACCCUGAAAUAAAUUAUAGGAUAAUUCCUGAUCUUGAUAAAAAAGUAGAGACUUUUAUGAAUGAAUUACCUGCAGGAAAUGAAGCUGUAGAGAAAUGUAGAAUGUUUUUCAAUUUUACUACUAUGGUUCCCAAAAAAACUCAGUCAGAGGUUUUUAACUUCUGUAGGGAACAUUUUCUUGAGGAACAUCCUUUUACCCUUCUUGCACUUUUUGAAAGAUACUUUAAUGUUGUGGGCAGAUCAGCAGAACAAUAUCAACAAAGUAGCAUAAAGUGGUUGAAAGACUCCAAGAAAACGGACACCUACAUCCAGGGAUUUAUCAAACGCUUUCCCAGAAUUCCUCAUGAAUAUAGGAUGAUGGCACUGAACAGCCUACAUGCUGUAAUUUGCAUGAUGAGAGAAAUAUCCCCUCAGAUAUUUAAUGAGCUCAUACCCAUUCUGAUCCAAGGUUUACUGCCCACUAAUACAGUGCAGGGAAAUGUGUUCAAUCCCCCAAUACUAAGUAUUCUUUGUGUGACUGUGGACAAGUUCUCUAAGCAAAAACCUACAGCUGAUGAUAUUAACUCUGUUGUUCUUGAAGAGUUUUGCAAUGCACUUGUGCCUCUCACUGAGCCUAACUGCUCAACUGAUAUCAGCAUUCUUGCUUACCGUUUGUUUGCUGCCCUGUAUGAAUUUGUCCCAGAGCACAUUCAUUCGUGGGGAUUAACCCAAGUGCCAGAUGGGGUUCUUUUUGCUGUAGACAUCAAAUCAGAUGAUUUAAUUAAAGAUAAACUACAAAAACUGCACACACAUCUCAAAUUACCCCAAAGUUCAAGCUUGGGUGAUAUAGCAGACAGCACGUUAUCAAAGAAGGAAAAAAAGAAGAAAGGAAUUCAGCAAGAGACAAGCUCAAAAGAAGAUGCUGUACAAAAAUCAAAACUUGAUUCAGAUACUGAAAAGACUUUAGUUGAGGAGUCAAAAUCCACUGUGCAUCCAUUUGCAGCACAUACUGAGGAUUCAUCAGUGUCAAGAAAAUGGCAUUCAAUCAGCCAACGCUGGAAGCCCAAGCUAGAGAAACUUGUUAGCAUGGAAGCAAAUAAGGUUUAUCGCCUGGGAAAUCUCACAAUUGGUGAUUGCACUGAAUUUGAGAUAGCUAAAGGAAGUGAUGGAACACAGGUUUUUCUUGGACUGAGAGAUGACGGCACUGAGGUAGCUGUCAAACGAAUGUUAAAGUCCAAUUAUCAAGACCUCAAAAAUGAAGAGGAAUUUCUACGGCUUCCUGAGCUUGACAAUCCUUGUAUUGUGCGAUAUGUGGACUUUGCAGAAGAUGACAAAUUUGGGUAUCUUGUCCUUCAACUUUGUGAAUACACACUGGAGGAGUACAUCCAAAACCAUUUGCCAGAAGACCGUUCUCUGCAGCUACAGGUCCUGAAGAAAAUUGUCAAAGAAGUACUCUGUAGCCUAAAGGUUCUUCAUAGCCAAGAUACCAGCGUGCUUCAUCGAGACAUCAAGCCUCAAAAUGUUCUGAUUGAUAUAACUGGAAAGGCGAGAUUAGCUGAUUUUGGCAUAAGUCGAAGGCUGAAGUUGGGGGAGACGACUUGCCGCACUAAUCCUGCUGGGACAAGGUGCUGGAAAGCCAGUGAAACUGUUGAUGAGGACAGUAACCGUGGCUACAAGAGGACUUCUGACAUUCAGGUUGCGGGAAUGUUGGUGUAUUACAUCCUCUCCAUUGGACAUCAUCCGUUUGGCAAAGGUGUCCGGUGUGAGGCUAAUAUUCUUGAUGGGAAGUACUCUUUGGAACACCUGGAGGAUGAAAUAGCAAAGGACUUGGUGGAGUGGAUGAUCAGUCAUGAUCCAAAGGACAGACCUAAAGUAGAGGAGACUCUUUGCCACCCAUUCUUUUGGACAGAUGGAUGGAAACUGGAGUACUUAAAAAGGCUGGGGAAUGAAAAGGAUGUGCAGAACUGCCGCAAUGCUGAGCCAGACCUCCUUUCUGCUAUAGAGGAAAUUACAGCAGGGAAAAGCUUCUCAGACUGGAGAACAAAAUUGCCCUCUGAGCUUGUGCAAAAAAUGGAUGGUAAGAAAAAGCCCUACCCAGAGAACACAUUCGGCCUGCUGCGCUUCAUCCGGAAUCUGCAUGAGCAUAAUUCUGAAGAUGCCGCGAAGUUAAAUCUGAUGACGUCAUUCCCUGACCUUUUUGGAAAUGCUUUCAAGUUUGCCAAAAAGAGAGGAUGGCACACCAGACCAAGUCUGAGAGAAUGGCUUCGCUCAGUACCAGAGCUUUAACAGGACAAAACUGGACAGUGUAUACUCGUAUAGGAGUAUAUAGGAGGCAACUUGUAAUAUAUUGGUAUAUUACAAGUUAUUAAAUUAGACCCUUCUGUUUUAUUGGUAGUUCUGUUUUAUUGGUAGCUAGUGGUGAUUUAGUUAUGCAGUAAUGCCUAGAUGUUGCCUGUGUGUGUCAGUCUUAGCCCUUUUCCACGAAAUCAGUUCCAGGGCUGGUUCGGGGCCAGUGCUGGUGCUGGUUCACAACUUGUUCAACUUGCGAGCCAGCUGAGAACCAGUUUGCUUUUCCAUAGCUUGGAGUGCUAAGGGGAGCCACGUCAUUACGUUGCUGUAUACAUCAGUUACGUCACUGCAUUUGCAUAAACCUUGGCACGUACAUCGAAGUAACAGCAACACGGAGAAGAGAAGCAGCAACAACAACAAUAAUGGAUGACUUCGCGUUUGUACAGCUGCUGCUUCUCGUCGCUUAAAAAUGGCGACUUUUCGCGGUCUUGCUAUUGUUGUCGGUCUUAACAACUCCAGUCACCUACCUGGUGUGGAAUGGGGUGAACCGACGCCCAGUCCAUAUUGACCAUUGCUGUACAACUGGCUGUCCAGUCUGGAGACAUUUGAGUUCCAGGAUGAGCAGAUGGACGUUACCAGCAACUACCCUGCAGUGGUUCAUGCAGACUUGGGGGGAGGCACACCUGGAGCAGUAGGUGGUAGCCCGUACUCACCUGAAGCUACACCGUUGCCUCGGAUGCAGGCUAAGGAGACGCAUGCAACAUCUUUAUCAGGCUCAGUGGCCUGUGACAAGGCAGUGACACCUGACAACCGAGCAACCACCUCCCCUGAGGUGUUUGGGCGCAGGUACCCUCUGAGAGAGAGGGCGCCUCCUAAACGACUCACCUUGUGAUCAGUCAGUUCCUGAGAAACAUUGUUCCUGAAAACAAAAGAGUUCCUGUUCAUACAAAAUUGUGAAAAAAAAAGAGUUCCUGGGACUAAAAUGGAAAUGGGGCAAAAAUGGGUCUAAUCGAUUGUGUUGGCAGUAGUGAUUUUGUUAAAUCUCUGAAAGUAAAUUGCCGGUGGAAAUUUUUUUUUUUUUGUAAAGUAUGAGUUGUUAUUAUUAGUGGGGACUUCAUAGUUUAAGGGGGAGGAAUGUAAUAUAUUAAUAUUAUAACUGCUUAGUUAGACCCUUCUGUUUUAUUGGUAGUUAAACAGAGCCAUCUAGUGGUGAUUUAGUUAUGCAGUAAUGCCUGGAUGUUGCCUGUGUGUGUCAGUCUGAGAGUUGCAAUAAAGAGGUGCAGACGUGUGGAA